AUGUCGGUAAAUGCGAGCUUCUUCCUGAGCAGCAAUGUGGACAAAUGCGUCUACAAUGGCGCCUCGAUAGAUGCCAACGAUCUGACAGCGAAUGGCAACCUUUGUGCAGUGUGCUGGACGUGGUCUCAAACAUGCAAAGGCGGCGACUCGACAACACCGGACGACUCGCAAAUAUACUGCAGCUCCAACGAGGCUGAGUGGUGCUGCACCCAGAACGACGAAUGCACGCGAACCCCCGGCCAGAUCAACAUCUGCUGGGGGCUGUUCAAGAAUCCGGUCUACAACAUGUCUUCCAGCGAAGCGCUGGUGUACAACCAGGAACACUACUCGACGCUGGGUUCCACGACGACGUCGGCCGCCGCAUCCACGAGCGCAUCACCGCCCGCAACGAACGCCGCAGAGGCCUCGAGCGCGACAUCAACAACCACAUCAACAAGCGCAUCGACGAGCGCAUCGAGUCAAGCAACAGCGGCGGCGGGCGGCUCGUCUCUUUCCACCGGUGCCGUUACAGGCAUCGCAGUCGGCUGUGCUCUUGGCGGUGUAGCACUCGCCGGCCUUGCAGGACUUUUGAUCUGGCGGCGGCGGAGGCGGAGCGGAAUCGGCGCCACGCCGCGGUGGGCCAAUGACCAGUCUGCCGCGGAACCGAAGCAGAGCGGCAGCGAGCCGCUGUCGCAUGAACUUCACACGGACAACCAGCUCCACGAGGCGGACGGAAAUCCCAUGUAUUUCCAGCAGCAGCAGCAGCAGGGAGGAGCCCCGCCGAAAUCUCAAGGGGCCCACGAGUUGCCGGGUCAACAGCACUCAUGA